UCUCGCUGAUCCAAGUCCGCCCGGCCCCUCCGCUUCCGGUUCCGCCGCCGCCCCCGCAGCGGUGUUUUAAGGAACUGGAACCAUGACGGACUCCAAAUAUUUCACAACCAAUAAAAAAGGAGAGAUUUUUGAACUGAAGGCUGAACUCAACAAUGAAAAGAAAGAGAAGAGGAAAGAAGCUGUAAAGAAGGUUAUUGCAGCCAUGACUGUGGGGAAGGAUGUCAGCUCUCUGUUCCCUGAUGUUGUCAACUGCAUGCAGACUGACAACCUGGAGCUGAAGAAGCUGGUCUACCUGUACCUGAUGAACUAUGCCAAAAGCCAGCCAGACAUGGCCAUCAUGGCUGUCAACAGCUUUGUGAAGGACUGUGAGGACCCAAACCCCCUGAUCCGUGCCCUGGCCGUGCGCACCAUGGGCUGCAUCCGCGUGGACAAAAUCACCGAGUACCUGUGCGAGCCCCUGCGCAAGUGCCUGAAGGAUGAGGACCCCUACGUGAGGAAAACUGCAGCUGUGUGUGUGGCCAAGCUCCAUGACAUCAAUGCCCAGAUGGUGGAGGACCAAGGGUUCCUGGAUUCCCUGCGGGAUCUGAUUGCAGACUCCAAUCCCAUGGUGGUAGCGAACGCUGUGGCCGCCCUGUCAGAGAUCAGUGAGUCCCACCCCAACAGCAACCUGCUGGAUCUGAACCCUCAGAACAUCAACAAGCUGCUGACAGCCUUAAAUGAGUGCACAGAGUGGGGGCAGAUCUUCAUCCUGGACUGUCUGUCCAACUACAACCCCAAGGAUGACCGGGAAGCUCAGAGCAUCUGUGAGCGGGUGACCCCCCGGCUGUCUCAUGCCAACUCAGCAGUGGUGCUGUCAGCAGUGAAGGUCCUGAUGAAGUUCCUGGAGCUCCUUCCCAAGGACUCUGACUAUUACAACAUGCUGCUGAAGAAACUUGCCCCUCCUCUGGUGACCCUGCUCUCUGGAGAGCCUGAAGUUCAGUAUGUUGCCCUGAGGAACAUCAACUUGAUUGUGCAGAAGAGGCCUGAAAUCCUGAAGCAGGAGAUCAAAGUGUUCUUUGUGAAGUACAACGACCCCAUCUAUGUCAAACUGGAGAAAUUGGACAUCAUGAUCCGCCUGGCCUCCCAAGCAAACAUUGCCCAGGUCCUGGCAGAGCUGAAGGAAUACGCCACCGAGGUGGACGUGGACUUCGUGCGCAAGGCCGUGCGCGCCAUCGGCCGCUGCGCCAUCAAGGUGGAGCAAUCUGCAGAGCGCUGUGUGAGCACCCUGCUGGACCUCAUCCAGACCAAGGUGAACUACGUGGUGCAGGAGGCCAUCGUGGUCAUCAGGGACAUCUUCCGCAAGUACCCCAACAAGUAUGAGAGCAUCAUUGCCACUCUGUGUGAGAACCUGGAUUCCCUGGAUGAGCCAGAUGCCAGAGCUGCCAUGAUCUGGAUUGUGGGUGAAUAUGCUGAAAGAAUUGACAAUGCAGAUGAGCUGCUGGAGAGUUUCCUGGAGGGUUUCCAUGAUGAAAGUACUCAGGUGCAGCUCACUCUCCUGACUGCAAUAGUGAAGCUGUUCUUGAAAAAGCCUUCUGAGACACAGGAGCUGGUCCAGCAGGUCCUCAGCCUGGCCACACAGGAUUCUGACAACCCAGACCUGCGGGAUCGUGGCUACAUCUACUGGCGCCUUCUUUCCACGGAUCCAGUGACUGCCAAGGAAGUGGUGCUCUCAGAAAAGCCCCUGAUUUCUGAGGAGACUGAUCUGAUUGAGCCAACCCUGCUGGAUGAGCUGAUCUGCCACAUUGGGUCUCUGGCUUCUGUGUACCACAAGCCACCCAACGCUUUCGUGGAGGGCAGCCACGGCAUCCACCGCAAGCACCUGCCCAUCCACCAUGGCAGCACUGAUGCUGGUGACAGCCCCGUGGGCACCACCACCACCACAAACCUGGAGCAGCCACAGGUCAUCCCAUCCCAGGGUGACCUCCUGGGGGACCUCCUCAACCUGGACCUAGGGCCCCCUGUGAAUGUGCCCCAAGUGACCACCAUGCAGAUGGGUGCUGUGGACCUCCUGGGAGGAGGGCUGGACAGCUUGCUUGGCAGUGACCUUGGCGGGGGCAUUGGAGGAAGCCCGGCAGUGGGACAGACCUACAUUCCCUCCUCUGUGCCAGCCACCUUUGCCCCUUCUCCCACCCCAGCAGUGGUCAGUGGACUCAACGAUCUCUUUGAGCUCUCAUCUGGCAUGGGGAUGGCUCCUGGAGGAUAUGUGGCUCCCAAGUCUGUUUGGCUGCCUGCAGUGAAAGCUAAAGGAUUGGAGAUCUCAGGCACAUUCAGCCACAGGCAGGGACACAUCUACAUGGAGAUGAACUUCACCAAUAAGGCUUUGCAGCACAUGACUGACUUUGCCAUUCAGUUCAAUAAGAACAGCUUUGGAGUCAUCCCAAGCACCCCUCUGGCCAUUCACACACCUCUGAUGCCAAACCAAAGCAUUGAUGUCUCCCUGCCCCUCAACACUCUGGGACCAGUCAUGAAAAUGGAGCCUCUGAACAACCUCCAGGUGGCUGUGAAAAACAACAUUGAUGUCUUUUACUUCAGCUGCCUCAUCCCUCUCAACGUGCUUUUCGUGGAGGAUGGCAAAAUGGAGCGCCAGGUCUUCCUUGCAACAUGGAAGGAUAUUCCAAAUGAAAAUGAGCUUCAGUUCCAGAUUAAAGACUGUCACCUGAAUGCUGACACUGUCUCCAGCAAGCUGCAGAACAACAAUGUCUACACCAUUGCCAAGAGGAACGUGGAGGGGCAGGACAUGCUCUACCAGUCCCUGAAGCUCACCAAUGGCAUCUGGAUCCUGGCUGAGCUGCGCAUCCAGCCCGGGAACCCCAACUACACGCUCUCCCUGAAAUGCCGAGCUCCUGAAGUGUCCCAGUACAUCUACCAGGCCUACGAUGCCAUCUUGAAAAACUAACAGGAGGUGGAGCCUGUGCCUCACCCUGCAGAAGGAGGGGGGGAAAAGGGGUCCCCAGAGCCUCCUUCACCGCCAGCGCAGGGAAGAGCACUCCUAACUGGAAGCAGCUGUAUUCAUGUGUAGGAUUGCAGUCAAAGGCACUGAUUAAACAAGGUAGCAAUUAGUAUCCACGUGCUAAUGAUGAUAGGGAACAAACCCCUUUGGUAUUUUUAGCGUCCAUGGAGUUUGUAACCACUGCUUCAAGACUACUCCCAUGUGCCCCUCGCCCCUCACUCAUCCGUUCUCGUGGGCUUCUCUCCCAUUUUGUGCCAAUGUUCAGUGUUUUCUAAAUGGCUUUAGGUGUAGUUUGGAUUUUGUAAAAUAACUGCUCAUUGGAAAAACGAAAAAACACCGAGCAAAAACCACACGUCUGCUCAUUAAAACAAGGCAAAAGUGUCGAAAACAUAA